AUGCCGGCGGGCAUGAAGCCCCUGGAGAAGUUCCUGAAGAAGCAGACCACCGCGCUGACCCGGGCCGGGGGCUUCGUGGGCGGGGCGGCGGACAAGGCCAGCGGGGGGGGCGGAGCCUCCCGGCGGAGGGCCAGUCUGUCCCGGGUGGUCCCGUUCUUCAGGGAGACGUCCCCAGAGGGGGGGCCGGCUCGAGAGGUGUUCAGCCCUGACAGUGAGGAGCCCCCCCCCUGGCCCUCAGCGGGCGGGACCGGCCCGGCGCCGAGCAGCGCUUACAGCUCUGGAUCUGGUUCUGGAGGAGGAGACGUCCGCAGUCCGUCCCUGUCCAGCGACGAGCAGAGUUCCGAGGCCAGUCUGAUCACAGAGAGCGGAGGAGGAGGCGGGACUCCUCUUCACCCCGACACCCCCGACAACCUGACCCUCACGGUGCUGGACAGCGUGGGGGGGAAACGCUACGUGCACUGCAAAGAAACUCUGCUGGAUGACUUCAUGUUGACACAUCCCAUCUUCCUGACAGCAGACAGGCUCCAGCAAGUUCUGCUGCAGCAAUUCACUCUGGAGACGGACAGGAGGGGGGGGGAGAGCGAGGGGGGGCUGGACGCAGCCGAGAGGAAGCAGGCGGUGCUGAACAUGGCGUUCAGAUACCUGGACACGUACCGGGAGCUGCUGCAGGAGGAGGGGGAGCGCAGCAACAACUUCCCCAAGGAGCUCUACCUGUGUGCGGUUCAGGAGUUGACUCGUCAUCCCGAGCUGGUGGACGACGUCCUGAAGCUGCAGAGAUGGGCCGAGAUCUUACACUGCCCGUCACUUGAGGAGAAGGAGAGCAGGAAGAAGCAGGUCCGUCCUCUGUUCAGACACUUCAGGCGAAUCGACGCCUGCCUGCAGCCGAGGGAGGCCUUCAGAGGCUCCGACGAGAUCUUCUGCAGGGUCUACACUCCGGACCACUCCUACGUCACCAUCAGGAGCCGCCUGUCCUGUCGGGUCGGAGAGAUUCUGGCUCUGGUGCGAGAGAAGCUUCAGUACAGUGAAGAUCAACCGGUUCUGCCCGGGAACCUCAUCCUGGUGGCAGUCACGUCAGCCGGAGAGAAAGCUGUGUUCCGUCCCAGUGACGAAGCCGUGUUCACGACACUCGGAGUCAACACACACCUGUUCACCUGUGAGGCCUCGGACCUGGAGUCACUGCUUCCUCUUCCUGAGGAGAUCCACUGGACACCAGGUGACAGCAAACUCCACGACAUGUCAGCAGAGGAAGUAGCCAAUCAGCUGGUGGCGUUCGACUGGGAGCUGUUCAGCUGCGUGCACGAGGUGGAGUUUGUGUGUUACGUGUUUCAUGGCGAGCAGUCUCGCUGGCGCCCCCUGAACCUGGAGCUGGUACUGCAGCGCUGCAGCGAGGUGCAGCACUGGGUUGCCACGGAGAUCCUGCAGUGUCACUCGCUGCCCAAGAGAAUCCAGCUGCUGCGCAAGUUCAUCAAGAUCGCAGCUCUGUGUAAGCAGCAUCAGGACUUGUUGUCGUUCCUCGCCGUCGUGCUGGGGCUGGACAACCCCGCCAUCGGCAGACUGCGACUCACCUGGGAGGGACUCCCGGGGAAGUUCAGGAAGCAGUUUCAGCAGUUUGAGAGCAUUGCAGAUCCCUCCAGGAACCACAAGUCGUACAGAGACCUGAUCACCGGCCUCCGACCUCCUCUGAUCCCGUUCACACCUCUGCUGCUUAAAGAUCUCACGUUUCUUCACGAAAGCUGUAAAACGUUUCACGGGGAACUCGUCAACUUUGAGAAGAUGCAUAAAGUGGCAGAGAUGGUGAGAAUCAUCCGACGCUACAGGAGCAGUCAGCUCGCCAUGGAUACAGAGACGUCCCCCUCGAACCUGCAGACGAAAGCGUACAUCCGUCAGCUGCAGGUGAUCGAUAACCAGAACCUGCUGUUUGACAUGUCCUGCAAACUGGAGCCUAAAGACACAUAG